AUGUAUCUACUUGUGUCUGUUCAUAUCAAUCCAUUUGUGUCUAUUCAUAUCUAUCUAUCUAUCUAUCUAUCUAUCUAUCUAUCUAUCUAUCUAUCUAUCUAUCUAUGCCUAUUCAUAUCUAUCUAUCUAUCUAUCUAUCUAUCUAUCUAUCUAUCUAUCUAUCUAUCUAUCUAUCUAUCUAUGCCUAUUCAUAUCUAUCUAUGUCUAUUCAUAUCUAUCUAUCUAUGCCUAUUCAUAUCUAUCUAUCUAUGCCUAUUCAUAUCUAUCUAUCUAUCUAUCUAUCUAUCUAUCUAUCUAUCUAUCUAUCUAUCUAUCUAUGCCUAUUCAUAUGUAUCUAUCUAUCUAUGCCUAUUCAUAUCUAUCUAUCUAUCUAUCUAUCUAUCUAUCUAUCUAUCUAUCUAUGCCAAUUCAUAUGUAUCUAUCUAUCUAUGCCUAUUCAUAUCUAUCUAUCUAUCUAUCUAUCUAUCUAUCUAUCUAUCUAUCUAUCUAUCUAUGCCUAUUCAUUUCUAUCUAUCUAUGUCUAUUCAUAUCUAUCAAUUUAUCUAUUUUGUCUAUCCAUAUCUAUCUAUCUAUCUAUCUAUCUCAUUAUUUAUUUAUAGACCAUCUACUACAACAAACACUCUGUCUGUUUAUCUAUUUAUCUGUCAUAGCCUUCGCAUCUAUCUAUCUAUCUAUCUAUCUAUCUAUCUAUCUGUUAUAGCCUGUUCUUUCUUUCUUUCUAUCUGUCAUUGUCUUCUAUCUAUCUAUCUAUCUAUCUAUCUAUCUAUCUAUCUAUCUGUCAGAGCCUUGUCAUCUAUCUAUCUAUCUAUCUAUCUAUCUAUCUAG